CUCUGCAGACACUACACACAUUCUUCAACCUGAACACACUCUGUUCAUUUGUGUCUGCAGGAUCAACUGUGUUUGAGUACUCUCGAGUCAUUCGUUGAACUGAAAAAUCGUUGUGAAAAUUUUAUUGUCGCUUUGGCAACAGGUUAAACCUGUUCUGUAUUUUGAUAUACAGCAACAAAAUAUCCAUGGAGUUUCUAGAAGGAAGCAGAGGCAUCUACAGACCCAUCAGGGUGUUGUUCGACACGCCCAUAUAUGAGCGGGCUCUGCAGACCUGCUGGCACAUCGGCUCUUAUAAGUGUCAGAUCGCACUGCUGACUGAACUUUUGAGGCUUCAGCAGAAAAACCAGCUCCCAUCUGAGGUGACUGCUGAAGAUAUGACUGAGCUGCUGGUGGAGCAGAGUAAAAGCACACUGAGAGUGCAGCUCUGGGAGUUUGAACUGGAGGACUUUGAUGAGACUGAGGCCAGGCCUCUUCUCAAGCUGGCGUGGGAGGUGAACACCAGCAUGAAGAUGAGGGACGUUGAGUUUGAAGCCAGAAGGCUGCUCAGCUCACCAGAGGCCGCCCCUCCUCAGUUUCAACAUCCCAAGAUCAUCAGCCAGGCUCAGAAGUACGCCAGGAGCCUGACAGAGCAGCAGCAGGAGGCCCCCAGCUCCAAACUGCUCAGCCCACGGGAGGUGGUGAUGGAGGUGGUUCCAAAAGUCCUGCAGGGCUUCUGGUUGCCUCCUCCAAACACCUCCUUCAACAUGCCCUCCCAGCAGCUCAGUGAAAUGGCUGUUGGAGUCACAAAAGCAGUUGAGGACCGGGUCUCCACUGCUCUGUCCUCCAUGCUCCGUCAGGUCGCCUUCUCCCGCUCCAUCAGAGACAACAUGGUCCUGUCUAUCCAGGAAAGGGUUAGACAGGGUCACACUCGAGACGUCCUGGUGAAGAGGCUCAACUGCUUCGCAGCAGAGGUGCUGAACACCAUCAGUGAUGCUGCAGCCAGAGAGAUCUGUGUGCUGUUUCAGCCUCACACAAAAGUGUCUGGAAAUAUGAACACUAGAAAGGAUUGCAUCCAGCCAGCAGACGUGGUGGAUGGUGCAGAGGCCAGAGCCAGCCCUGCUGAAGAUGUGAGUGAGGAGCCUGGUCUGGAGGAGGACACGGAACCAAUCAGAGAACCAGACUCUGCUGUCAUUACUCCUCCACCAGCUCCUCUGACCAGCAGUGCUGAACCUCUUGGCAUCAUUACUGUCCAGAACGGCUUGAACCUCAGCCUGACAGAAACAGAGGAACAGCCAGCUCCAGGCCCAGAGCCAGACUCUGCUGUGGUGUCAUCUCCACCACUUCCUCUCACCCUCUGCGAUGAACCUCCUGUCAUCACUGCAGUGCAGGAUGACCUGACCUCCAGUGCUGCCCCUCUGGCCACCACUGCCAUCCACAAUGGCUUGAACAAUAGCCUGGAGAAAGCAGAGGAACAGCCAGCGCUCAGCACAGAACCAAACUCGUCUGUCCUUUCUCCUCAGUCUGCUCCUCUUACCCUCCCUGCUGAAACUCCUGCCAACAUUGGCCUGGAUGAAGCAGAGGAACAGGCAGUGCCCAACUCAGAACCAGACUCUGCUGUGGAUACAACUCCACCAUCCACUCUGACUCCUGCUGAUGAGUCUCCUGUCGUCACUGCAGUGCAGGAUGAGCUGAACACCAGUGCUGAAUCUCCUGCUAACGCCACCAUCCACAAUGGCUUGAACAAUAGCCUGGAGAAAGCAGAGGAACAGCCAGCGCUCAGCCCAGAAUGUGACUCUUCUCCACCUGCUCCUCUUACCCCCACUGCUGAAUGUCCUGCCAACAUUGUCUUAGAUAAAACAGAGGAACAGCCAGCACCCAGUCCAGAACCAGACUCUGCAGUGGUUUCCACUCCACCACCUCCUGUGAUCUCUGAUGACGAGUCUCCUGUCAUCACUGCAGUGCAGGAUGAGUUGACGGAGCAACCAAUCAGGGUGGAUGAAUCUUGCAACACCACAACAGAGGUCAGAAAGACAGAGAUGAGUGGAUUCAGCUGCUUCUUCAGUUGGCUGCAAAAAAUCUGCUGCUGCUUCCUGCCUGAAGACGACACAGAGACGGAAUGAAAUUCCCUCUGUAAAAAAUCAUUUUAGUACUGCAUUGUUGUAAUUUCAUUUGUUGUGAAUUAAUAAAACUGUAUUAACAUUAAAACAUGA